CGACAUCGUAUACCUUGGAGAAGUAAGCUGUCCUUAUCCUCACUCGUUCCUUCAUCUCAGUUCUGAUACAGCUUAGGGCCAAACGAUCCCUGCCGACUGUCGCAUCAUGAGCGAGGGAGCAACAGAGCAGCUUCUCACGGACCAAUCUGCAAUUACGGGAGAUCCGGAAUCCAUCUCGAAAGACUAUGGAGAUAUGUGCUAUUACACUUGCGGCGUGAGAGACGGCCAGGCCAUUGCUCGCGUGGAAGCGAUUGCUCCUGCUUCUUUCGUCGGCCGUACGGCGGCGUUGACGGUGGGAGCGGGGAAUUCGAUAUCACGCAGACGCGGUCAGCAAGUACGGCCGAAGGCGAGUUCCGUUUGGGCUCGUAAGCCACGUCAAACUAUGCAGUCCAUUGGAGCAGUGUUCGGCGUCUUCAUUCUUGCUACCGUCGCCACCUUGAUUAGUACGUUGGAGACUUCGCGGACGCGGCCUUGGACACUGGAGCUCUGCGUGGCUUUGAUGGUCGCUGCUCUUCCCACCAGAUGGGACGUGAUGGUAACAACGAUCCGAUCUUGCGGGGCGGCACUGCUCGCUCAGAGCGGCGCAGUCGUCCAGAGAGUGCACGAUGUCGAAGACUUAGCGGGCGUGGAUGUUCUUUGCGUCGACAAGACGGGCACAAUGACCGCCAACAUCCUAAAAGCGACAAAGGUAGCGUGUCUUGCGGGAACACCAGAAGACUUGGUCCUGUCGGCUGGCCUGGCAUCUGCAAUACUUGCAUCCUCGGACCGCGAAAGUCUCGAUCCAAUCGACGAAGCGUGUGCGCAGGGGCUGGAAGAGUACGGAGUCAGUAUGGAAGGCUACGAGCUGAUUGAAUUCCAUCCCUUCGAAAGCAGCACCAACUACAUAAGGAGUGAUGUGAUUGGCCCUUCUGGCGAAAGGGAGACACACGUGAAGGGAGCGCCGAAAGCGAUCAUGGAACUGUGCAACCAACACGCUGACGACUACAUCAACGAUGCGCGAGCAUUUGCUCGACAGGGCUUGCGGUCACUCGGUGUCGCCCGCAAGGUUGACGGCAAAGAAUGGGAGCUCUUGGGUCAAAUCGCAUUAGAAGAUCCUCCACGCGCAGACACUGCGGCAGCUGUCAAACAAGCUCAAGAACUGGGUAUGAACGUCAAAAUGCUCACAGGGGACGCUGCUGCGAUUGCUAGCUUGAGUGCGCGACGAUUUGGACUGAAGCACGCAUGCGUGGACACCGAAUCCGUAUUUGCCAAUACCAAAAGCGAGACGGAAAAGGCGAAGCAAUGUGAUCACGCCUCUGUGUUCUCCGAGCUGUCUUCUGCAUACAGACUGGACAUCGUUCGAACACUCCAGCAAACGGGUCAUACUGUUGCCAUCACCGGAGACGGAAGCGAAGAUACGGCAGCCUUGCGGCUCGCAGACGUGGGGAUCGCAGUCGAAGGCGCGAGCGAGAAAGCGCAGGCCGCUGCAGAAUAUGUCUUCUUCGAAUCUGGCAUCAGUGCUAUCCUCAUGGCGGUGCAAAGAUGCCGACAGAUCUUUGAACUGUCAUUCACAUAUCUGCAAUCUCGGGCGACCCUAUCCCUACACCUCGUCGUUGUUACAAUGUUGUAUGCCCUCACCUACGGCGAGGUGUUCGAUCCGACCUUGCUUCUCCUGGCUCUGCAUUGCAACGAAUCCGUCACGCCGGCUCCAAGCGGACCAGAUGCCGACAUCCCCUUUUCCAAGAAGCCUGUGCAAUGGAGCAGUCGCGUGUUGUGGACUUCGACGCUACCGUUGGCGCUCAUCCUCGGUGCGGGCACGAUGCUUUCGAUCCACAGCUGCGAAAUGCAGGCCGAUGUUGCAGCCACCGACACCGCUACCCGACAGCAGAUCAUCUUUCUGCAUACCGUGUUGGCCAGCAGCCCACUACUAUUGCUUAAGCGGACCAAUUCGCGGUUCUGGAAGCUCUCUACGUGGAAGCGCGGUGCGGGUAUGAUUCUCGCCGUGGACGUUGCGGCAACGGCAUCUUGCCUCUUGGGGAGAGCCGCGGCAAACGGCUCUUUGGACUUUGCGUCCCUACGGAUGGUGUGGAUCUGUAGUACUGGAAGCAUCGUUGUUGCAGCCGGGUGGCUCGCUGUUGCUUCUGCGGAGAAAUAUGAUGCGGACGAUGACUGAAUGGGCAGAAGUAGUCGAUGCACGGCAGUUCAUACAGCUUUCUUCAGUAAUCUA